UGCUUCUAUGCAUAUAAAUUAUUGAUUGUUAGUAGUAUAAAUCAGCUGAUAGACUAUUGAAUUGUUGUGUCUAAAUAUUUAAAACAUUUAAAAAGGAGCAACAUUUCACUACCAUAAAUAAGGAAACAAAAUUUCUUCAAUAAACGCUAUGAUAUUCCCUCGUCAAACAGCUGAAUACGUUUUAAUGAAUGACGGACAAGAAGAAGAAAAGUGUUUUGCGAGCACGUCUUGUCGAAUUUGAUUUUUUAUUGAUGUUAUUGUGCGGUAGACGAGUUUUGCUAAUAUAAAGAAUUUGUGUUAUAAGAAUUUAAUAGAGUCCAUCUCCACUCAACAAACCAAAAAAAGAAUUUAAUAGGAAAGUAAAUUUUAUGAUUUAUGCACAACGGACAACCUGCUUGCGAAAAAUAAAAAUUCUCACUAAGGCAAGUUGCUGCAUUUUCUGUCAAUUCUAUUGUAAAUUGUGACCAUCCAGCCAAAGCAAUGAAGAUGUAAUAUCCACACAUUUGCAUUUUAACCCAUUUAUUAUAGAUUUUUGUUAUUGGAUAAUAGCAUGUGUGUACGUGAUAUUGGAAACGGAGGAUUACUUACACUAUAAAGAUAUUAUUUUUAUUACAAAAAGUGAAAAGAACAGAAAACGAAUUUUGAAAUUGUUAACUAAAAUCAAAUAUGACAGUCUACAAAUUUACUGAACGUGCUUAUGCUAAAAUGAUAUUUCACGCAGCAAAAUAUCCACACCUUGCGGUAAAUGGUGUUCUUUUGGGCACUAAGGAGAGUGGUGAAAUAGUAGAUGCUAUUCCUUUAUUCCAUCAGUGCCUUUAUGUAACACCAAUGGCAGAAGUAGCUCUAUUGCAGAUUGAUGCUUUUGCUCAGCGCGAGAACUUGGUGGUGGCCGGCUAUUAUGCUGCUCCUGAAAAUUUUUAUGAGAACUCCGUAGAAAGAGCUCCGGCUGGUAAAAUUGCUGAUAAAAUUCAGGAGAAUUAUAAAAAUGCCUGCUUCGUUAUUAUUGAAAAUAAACUAAUGACCUUGGAUCAAAAGAGUGAGGCAAUUAAAGUAUAUAAUUGCUGUAGUGAUUCUGGACGUUGGUCUCAAGUAAAAGGCUUAAUAUUAAAAUCAAACAUAACGCUUCAAGCUGUAGCUGCUCUCCUGCAACGUGGUGCGAUGAAGGAAAUUAUUGACUUUGAUAAUCACUUAGAUAAUCCCGAAAACGAUUGGACAAACCAAUUCCUGAAUCAGGAUUUGCAAAAAAUAUUGGCUAUGUAUUAGAGUGCAUUAUAAAAUGGUUGAUUACUUUCUGCAUAAAUAUUAUAUUUAAUGAAACAUUGCGUGAAUUUUCUUAAAUGAAACUUACGCAUUAAAAAUAUAUUAUCUCAAAUUAAGCAUAGUUUUUUUUUAAGACUAUACACAAAUAGAAUAGGCAGUUGAUCACUAACCGCUCAGGAGAUCUCUUCUAUUCGUGUAAUACCGUCAUCGCCAGCAAAAAGAGAGAAAGAAGAAAGAAAUAGGGAGUUAGUUGCCGCAGACUAGUGGUUUUGCGCCCAAAAGCUAAAGAAAACUCAAACCGCACUUGCGAUUUGAACCUGCGGAUACUGACUUAGUAUUCGCCUUCACCUACCAAAACCUUGAAAUGAGAAAGUUCUUCAAUAAAUCAUCAUUAAUGUUUCGCAUUUUUUAUUUUUCAAGCUCCUAAAAUGGUAUUUUAUGUGAUAAGUUUCAGCAGUUUCUUUAAUAUCUUGAAAAGUAAGUAAACAGUAGUCAACUUACAAAUGUGAAUGGUGCUAAAAAAAGUUAAGUACAUAUAAUCUAAAGCAAAAGAAACAAAUAUUUAAACACAUCCACCGAUAAAGAGAAUUAGUGUUCUGCUUACACACCAUGCGAUACGAAAAGCGUAUCGAUUUGGUCGUAUUUGGCUUCUCGAUUCCUUUCGGGUCAAAUUUAGCGUCUUGUUCUUUGUAUUUGCAGCGGUGUAUUUGUGAUGUUGUUGUUGUAUACAUAAAAUUC